AUGUCUGUCUGUCUUAUCUCUAUGAUGGAUGUUCAAAUACUACUUUUGACUGUGUCUUGUCUGGGUUUUCGUAUUGAACCUGAAGAAGGCAGCCUUGCAGGAGGAACUUGGAUCACAGUAAUUUUUGAUGGUUUGGAAUCUGAUCUUGAUCUUCUUUACCCAGCCAAUGGCUCUCAGCUGGAGAUAAACUUGGUCAAUGUACUUAAACCUGCACUUCUGAGCAUCCCCUGUGAUAUCUCUCCUCUCUUCUUGGAUUUGCCAGUCCUGAUGUGUAGGACCAGAUCUCUGCCCUCUGAAGCAGAUGAAGGCCUCUACUACCUAGAAGUGCACUCUCAGGGUCAGGUUGUAGGCAAUACAUACUCUGGACCACAAGAGAGCUGCACUUUCCGGUUUUCCAGGGUACAGACUCCCAUUAUUCACCAAGUGAACCCAUCGAGUGGCGUUCCAGGAGAACUAAUACAUAUGUAUGGCCGGAUUAUGACAGGAAGAUUGGAAACUAUUGAUUUGGAUGACUACAUUGACAGUCCAUUGAUUCUGGAAGCUCAAGGAGAUGGUUGGGUCACUCCUUGCUCUUACAUAAAUAGGCAGACAGGAAGUAGUUAUCCUAUUCAGGAAGACCAUGGUCUUGGGACUCUGCAGUGCCAUGUGGAAGGCAACUACAUAGGCUCCCAGAAUGUUAGUUUCUCGGUAUAUAAUAAAGGAAAGUCAUUGGUUCAUAAGACAGCAUGGCUGAUCAGUGCUAAACAAGAUCUCUUCCUGUAUCAGACAUACUCAGAACUGCUUUCAGUGUUUCCAGAAAGUGGGAGCCUUGGGGGAAAAUCAGUCAUCACAAUUACAGGAAACUUUUUUGACAGCCCCACUCAGGUUACUAUUGCAGGUCUUCCAUGUGAUAUCAGUAACGUGUCCCCCAGAAAGAUUGUUUGCUCCACCAGGGCUCCAGGAAGUGAUGUGAGGCUCGAAGCUCCUCAGCCAGGCAAUCGAGGACUUCUUUUUGAAGUUGGAGAUGCUGAAGAGGACACAAACCUGACUGAGACCACUUCUGGGUACAAAUGGCAGAUUGUCCCUAAUGCCAGUUCCCCAGCUGGAUUUUGGUCAAAGGAAGGACAGCUUUUCAGAGCAAGGCUCAGUGGUUUUUUUGUGGCCCCAGAGACAAACAAUUACACAUUCUGGAUCCAAGCAGACAGCCCAGCCUCCCUGUACUUUAGUCUAUCUGAGGAUCCAAGGACCAAGGUAAAAGUGGCCUCUAUCAAGGAGGAAAUUGCUGACUGGUUUGACUCCUGGGAGCAGAACGGGAAUGAAGGGACUUGGCAACAGAAGGCCCCCAAGUUACAGCUGUCCCAUGGAGCCAGGUAUUACUUGGAAGCAGAGCAAUAUGGGAGAGCCCCCAGCAGGGGAAUGAGAAUCGGUGUGCAGAUCCACAACACAUGGCUGAACCCUGAUGUGGUCAGCACUUACCUCCGGGAGAAGCAUCAGAUCAGAAUUCAUGCCCAGAGUCUUCCAGAAAUCCAGAUGCUGACAGUGUCUGGAAAUGGUCGCUUUCUCCUGAAGUGGGACAAUGUCUCUACUCAGCCAAUCUUUGCAAAUGCCACCGCCCAUCAGAUGCAAGCAGCCCUUGAGGAGUUACUUGCAGUCAAAUGCCAACUGGAGCCCCUUACAGUGAACAUCCUCCUCCGGCUGGGAUUUGAACAAGGCCUAGACGUUUCCAGCUCUGAUGGGGAACUCACCAACAGGACUGAGCCUUUCUGUGGAAGGUUCAGUCUCUCUCACCCUCAACACAUUGUCCUGAUUCCCUUGGCUGCCUCUCCAGGCUACCAACUUAGUCAGUAUUCACAGCUGUGCAUGGCAUACAAAGGCCACAUAAAGAAUCUCCUGAAGGUGACCCUGUACUUCACAGCUGGCGUUCAAAGCAGCAUUAGGAAGAACAUCACCUGUGACUGGCAUCUCACCCACUCCCAUCCCAACAGAUGGCAGUUCACUUGCACCGACCUCUGGAGGACUUGUGUACUCAGUUCCACAUCUCUCCAGACACCGCUGGCAAACUCCCCAGGCCUGGUUCAUCGGAUUGACCUUUACCCUCUGGCUCAGAAGCCAGGCAUGUUCUAUGUGGAUGAAAUUAUAAUUGCAGACAGAAACCUAACAGUUUUUCAGGCUGAUUCUGGAGCAGGUCAUGCAGGUGGGAAUCUGGUGGAAUCAUUUUCUGUGGAAGGAUCCUCUCCAGUCUACAAUGUGACAUUCUGGUCUUUGGGUUGUAGCCAGGAACUUCCACUUAUCACUGCAAGCCCUGUGCUCACCGAAGGAGCAGAGGAAGGUGCUGGUAUGAUCCAGGUGAGAACACAGAGACUUCAGAGAAAAAGUCCACCCUUAGGAGGGGACUUCUGCAUCCGGCUGUCCAAUACAGUGAUUCCAGGUGUCCCUGCACACAUUUCAGCCCAUAACCUUCAAAAACUGUUACAGAACAAUGUUGAUGACUUCACAUCCCGUUACCUCAAUGCCAGUGACUUCACCGUGACUGAAGAUCGAAAAUCUUGCUAUGAACAUGUGUGGACCCUCUCCUGGUCCACCCAGGUUGGGGACUUGCCCGAAUUCAUCAGUGUUUCUGAUGAAAAUCUAACUGGGGUGGAUGCUGCUGCCACCACGCGUGUGGUCUAUGAUGGUGGCGUUUUUCUGGGACCUAUAUUUGGAGAUAUGCUCUUGACUGCACAUAAACACACUCAGGUUCUUGUAAGAGUGAAUGACAUACCAGCUCAUUGUUCAGGCUUCUGUACUUUUCAAUACCUUGAGAGAUCAACACCCCAAAUCUAUUCAGUAUGGUAUUCUCCAGAUGGCGACACUGAUCUACUGGUAUAUAUUACUGGGACAGGAUUUUCUGAGGACUCACAGUCCUUGCAAGUUACAGUGUACAAAGCAAUCUGCAAAGUUAUCUUCUCAAACUUAACAAAUGUGGUCUGUCAGAGGAGCCUGCUUCCUGUUGGACUACAUCAGAUCCUGAUGAUGGUGUAUCCCUUUGGUCUUGCCAUCAGUGCCAAUGGAGGAGAUGUCUUCCUGAAUGUGGAACCCAAGGUCACUGCUGUGGAGCCUGCCAGAGCUUCAGAGAUUGGAGGGAUCUGGGCUAUCAUUCGAGGCUUUAAUUUGGAAGAUGUUGGCUUGGUGUUAUUUGGAUCUCAGUCUUGUGCCAUCAACAGUACCACAAGCAAUUUACAAAGAAUUCAAUGUAAAAUACCACCCAGGAAGAAAGAUAACACUGUGAAUGUGACUGUCAUGAUGAAGGACUAUUCGGCUGUUCUUCCCAUGGCCUUUACAUAUGUCUCCUCUUUAAACCCAGUGAUCAUAUCUUUAAGUAGAAACCGGAGCAGUAUAGCAGGAGGUGAAAGCCUUUUCAUUGGAAUGAUGUUUCUGCCAAACUGCUCUGAUUUGAAUGUGGAAGUCCUUAUCCAGGAUACACCAGCUCAGAUUCAUGCAUUGACAGCUGAGGGCCUGGAGGUGGCGCUGCCUCCACUACCAGCAGGUCUUCACAAAAUCUCAGUCUCCAUCAAUGGGAUCAACAUUUGCUCACAAGGGAUUGACCUUCUUAUUCACUACAUUACAGAAGUUUUUAGCAUUGAGCCAUGCUGUGGAUCCCUUUUGGGAGGAACCAUCCUCAGCAUCUCAGGAGAAGGGUUCGGCAGGGACCCCACUUUGGUUCAGGUCCUUGUGGGCAAUCGAUCGUGUGCCCUGGUGACUUCCACAGACCAGGGCAUCUGGUGUGAGACCCCACCCACCCCCACGCUGCCAGAUUUGGGUGCUGUUGCCUUUGCAUAUGCGGUGGACGUCUGCUUCAGCCUCAGGCCCUUGGCCCAUGGAUCAUCGUUCCUAUGCCUGGUGGGGAAGAGUUUUACCUUCACUUAUAAAGUAGCUGCUACCCCUGUGGUCACUGCCCUGUGGGAUGUCAUCGUGAACAACAGCCUAGAGAUCUCAGUGGCGGGACACAACCUUUCAGACUCUGUGUUGCUUCUGGGCCACUUGGCCUGCAGACUGGAGACGAGGGAUUUUGGAAACGACAAGAGUGGGUGGGCAUGCUCUUUCCCUCUUGACAACUUGGAGGCGGGCAUCUAUCCUCUGCAAGUGCAGCAGAAACAGUUGGGAUUUGCUAAUAUGUCUGCAGUGUCCCCGAAGUUUUUAGUGACACCCCAGAUAAAAGUCAUCUCCCCUACCCAUGGGUCAGUUUGUGGUGGGACAGUCCUUACUGUGAGGGGAUGGGCCCUGCAUUCUACCAGGGGGUCAAUUCAGGUAAGCUUUUCGGGUCCUUUCACUUGUGUGGUUUUGAGUUGGGGGAGACAGACUAUUCUUUGCCAAAUAAAGCCAGAGGGUAACCCCUUGCCUGGUGUAUCGUAUGCUCUAAACAUUACAGUCCUGGUGGAUGGGCUGGCCAGCAGGUGUCUGGGCACUUGCACUGUCCUUCUCUCAGAAGAGAGUACAUCCAUAGUGGAGGCUUUUGUGGCCCAGGCUCAAGGGGCCCUGACUUCACUGCUGAUUUGGGGUGUGAGAUUAGGCAGCACUGCUGGUGAGUUGGUGGUGUUGGUAGACACUCACCUUCCUUGCACUGUGACUUUCUGGAAUGGGAGCUACAUGGCCUGUUGGAUCAGUGACUUGGCCCCGGGACAGCACCACCUUUCAGUGCUUGGUACAAGAAACGGGGAUGCUUGCUUUGGUAACAUUUCCCGAGACUUCCAUGUUGGACCUCAAGUGUUUCAUUACUUCCCCAAGAACGUCAGUAAGCAUGGCGGGAGCAUGUUGACCAUGGAGGGAACAGCCCUGAAAGGCUGGAACUCAACAUCAGUGUUCGUGGGCCAGCAGACCUGCCUGACAGUGAACAUCAGCUCCGUGUUUAUUCGAUGUGUGCUUCCUGCUGGAAAUGGUCCUCAGGCUCUAAGCUUAGAGGUAGAUGGGAUUUCUUACCAGAUGGGUGUCAUUGGCUAUAGCCACAACUUCACCCCAGAAUUGCUUUCCAUUUCUCAGAAGAAGGAUGUCUUAACUUUUGAGGUGACCCGGAUCUCUGGAGCAGCAAACAUGGAUAUUUUUAUAGGGAGCUCACCUUGUCUGGGCAUCUCUGGCAACUAUUCUGUUCUCCAAUGCCUGGCCCCAGCCCUGCCUGCAGGGGACUAUCCAGUCAGGAGUUAUGACCACAGGAGAGGGUGGGCCUCUUCUGUUCUGCUGUUCACUUCCAGAAUCGCUGUUACCACAGUGACUGAUAACUUUGGCAGCCUGGAAGGAAGUCUGGUGCAUGUAACUGGAGCAGGAUUUUCUCGAGAGAAUAUUUCUGCUACUGUAUGUGGCGCUCCCUGCCAAAUCCUGGCUAAUAUGACAGUGUCAGCUUUCAGCUGCUUGGUUCUGCCUCUAGAUGCUUCCUUGGCUUUCCUGUGUGGCUUGAAGCAUGGGGAGGAGGACUGUGAAAACUCCACCCACACCUAUGUGCGGUGUGACUUGACUAUUGCCUGGGGAACUAACCCACUGCCGGAAUCAUGGUCUUACCUCUACAUCUGUGAAGGAAGUUCCCUAAGCUUCUUUGCAACAGCUCAUUGGACAGCACCUGUCUUGCCAAUGUUCUCUGGCCUCUUCAUAAGCCCUAAAGUGGAAAGAGAUGAAGUUCUCAUCUAUAAUAGCUCCUGUAACAUUACCAUGGAAACUGAGGCAAAGAUAGAGUGUGAGACGCCUAAUCAGCCAAUUACCGCCAAGAUUACUGAGAUACAGAGAAGCUGGGGCCAGAACACUCAGGGUAAGUUUUCCUUCCAGUUCUGUCGGAGGUGGUCCAACACUCACAGCUGGUUUCCUGAGAGAGUGCCACAAGAUGGCGACAACGUCACGGUGGAGAAUGGCCAUUCACUCCUGCUUGACACCAAUACAAGCAUCCUUGGCUUCGUGCAUGUUAAAGGUGGCAAGCUGGUUUUCAUGGGUCCAGGACCCAUCGAACUCAAGGCACAUUCCAUCCUUGUUUCUGAUGGUGGAGAGCUUCGGAUUGGGUCUGCAGACAAGCCCUUUCAAGGCAAAGCUCAGAUCACACUGCAUGGCAGUUCCCACUCAAUCCAUUUCUUUCCAUAUGGGGUCAAGUUCUUGGCGGUGAAGAAUGGAACUCUAUCCUUGCAUGGGCUGCUCCCAGAAAAAAUUGUCACCCACCUUCGAACAGCUGCUUAUGCUCAUGACACCAUAUUGGCCCUGGAAGAUGCUGUGGACUGGAACAGGGGUGAUGAAGCUGUCAUUAUCAGUGGAGUGGGUGUGGAAGGUACCAAACCAAUGGAAGAAGUUGUCAUUGUGGAAACUGUGCAUGGUUCAGACCUGCAUCUGAGGGCUCCCUUGAGAUAUUCUCACAAUUUCUUGGAGCAGUGGGUGGCUGGAGAGCAUCACAUUUUAAAGGUGACAGUCGCCCUACUCAGUAGAAGUAUCACCAUAAGAGGCAAUAUCACUAAUGAAAGGACCAAGUUCCUUGAUGCAUGUCAAGAGAUCAGUGCUCUGGAAGGUAACUUGCACAACUGCUUAUAUUUCAAGAGUGAGAAGAUACUAGGAUCCAGGGAUCUGGGAGCAAAAGUCAUCAUUCAGUCCUUCCCAGAAGAGCCCAGUCAUGUCCAGGUGAAGGGUGUUCAGUUCCUGGACUUGGGGCAAGCCUUCCAUAAGCAUCUGAGCUCCCUGACUUUGGUGGGAGCUCUGAGAGACUCCUAUAUACAAGGCUCUACUCUGUGGGGAUCUUUCAGCAGAGGUCUCAGUCUGCCCAGGACCUGGGGACUAAGGGUGGACAAUAAUAUCUUCUACAACAUUUUAGGAAAUGCUAUAAUGCUGGGCACAUACAUAGAAAUGAGAUCAAUUUCUUGGGAAGCUAUAUCUGGAAAUAAAAAUGAAGAAGGAAAUAUAAUAAGAAACAACGUGAUAAUCAGUCUUUUGGGCACUGAGGGACUUUCCAGUCCUGAAAUGCUGACACCAUCUGGAAUUUAUAUCUACAACCCCACCAAUAUUGUAGAGGGAAACAAGGUGUGCAAUGCUGGCUAUGGCUUUUUCUUUCAUCUUGUGACAAGUGAAACAUCACAAGCUCCACUUACCUCCUUCACUCAAAAUAUUGCACAUUCUUGUACAAGGUAUGGGCUAUUUGUGUAUCCUACAUAUGAGCCUCCUUGGGAUCAUAGUACUAGUCCCACUGUGUUCCAUAACUUUAGAGUUUGGGGAAGUGCAGGUGGUGUCCAGGUUUUUAGAAGUAAAAAUAUUCACCUGAAAAAUUUCCAAGUUUAUGCAUGUAGAGAAUUUGGAAUUGACAUCUUGGAAAGUGAUGCAAAUACUUCCAUUACUGACAGUUUGUUACUUGGUCAUUUCACCCAGAAAAGAAAUGUGUGUAUGUCAGCUGGGAUAAAAACUCCCAAGAGACAAGAACUGAUAGUAUCUAACACCACUUUUGUUAAUUUUGAUAUCAUGGACUGUGUGGCAAUCAGAACCUGUUCUGGCUGUUCUCAGGGACAGGGUGGCUUUACUGUGACAACCAGCCAGUUGAAUAUUAUGAAUUCUUCAAAUAUAGUAGCAUUUCCAUUUCCUCAUGCAGCAAUUUUGGAAGACUUGGAUGGGUCUUUGUCUGGAAGAAAUAGAAGUUAUGUUCUUGCUUCUAUGGAAACUCUUACAACUUCCUGUGUAAUUGAUGCAAGAUUCAGUCAGAUUGUCCAAGGAAGUGUCUGCAGGGAAGAAGUGCUUUUUCAUCGGAUGUCGAUUGGUUUGGCUAAUGCUCCAAGUGUUACUUAUGGUUUAACCUUAACUGACAGCAGAAAUAAGACGAUCAGUGUCAACUAUGUGAAUGAUACGUUGUCUAACCAUUAUGGCUGGAUGGCUCUGCUCUUGGAUCAAGAAACGUAUUUGCUCCAGUUUGAAAGUCCUUGUACUGAUGGAAGUCUGCAGUACUUUGCAACAUUUGACAACUUUGCUCCUGGGAAUUUCCUACUGCUGGUUCACCCCAUCCCCUGGCCUGAUGCUGACAUCCUCCUGAAGUGUGGCAAUCGAUCCGGGUGGUGCCUUCCAUCCCUUCCAUCUCCUGGUCAGGACCAAGAGUGUGACUGGUUCUUCAACCACCAGUUGAGGCAACUUACCUAUUUGGUUUCAGGUGAAGGACAGGUGCAAGUAUUUCUCCAGGUGAAAGAAGGUAUUCCAUCAACUACUUCUACUUCUACUUCUACAGCGGAGUCAGCUUUAAAGUGGUCUCUCCCUGAAGCAUGGACUGGAGUUGAAAAGGGCUGGGGUGGAUAUAACCAUACAGUUCCAGGUCCUGGGGAUGAUGUCCUGAUUUUACCCAAUAGGACUAUACUUGUGAAUACAGAGCUCCCCGUCCUCAAUGGUCUCUACGUGAUGGGGACUUUAGAAUUCCCUGUGGACAGAAGCAACACGCUGAGUGUGGCCUGCCUGGUCAUCGCAGGCGGGGAGCUGAAAAUAGGUACUGUAGAAAACCCUUUAGAAAAAGAACAAAAGCUUCUGAUUCACCUCAGAGCUUCGGAGGGAAUUGUAUGCAAUCGUUUCAGUGGAAUUCACAUUGAAGCAGGAACAAUUGGGGUUUAUGGAAAACUUCAGCUUUCUAGUACUUACACUAAGAAACCCUGGACACGGCUUGGAACUGAUAUUGCCUCAGGCAAUGAGAGAAUUAUAUUAGAGGACACAGUGGAUUGGCGACCCUUUGACAAAAUUGUUCUUAGCUCCUCUUCUUAUGAGCCUCAUGAAGCAGAAGUGCUUAAUGUAAAAGAAGUCAAGGGCCGCACUAUUUGGCUACAUGAACGACUGAAACACAGGCACAUUGGAAAUGUCCACGUCUUGGAGGAUGGCCGAGCCAUUCGCCUGGCUGCCGAAGUUGGACUUUUGACCCGAAAUAUACAGAUCCAACCUGAUCUACCUUGUAAGGGGAGAAUCCUUGUGGGGUCCUUUAGGAAGUCCAGCGGUGAACAAUUUUCAGGUGUACUUCAACUUUUGAAUGUAGAGAUGAAGAAUUUAGGUUCACCAUCAUAUUCAGCAAUUGAAAUCACUAAUGUGUCAGCAGGAUCCUGGGUAAUAUCUUCUACUAUGCACCAAAACUGUGGUGGGGGCAUUUAUGCAGCUGCCAGUGAAGGGAUACUUUUCAAUGACAAUGUAGUAUUUGGCACAGUUGGCCAUGGCAUAGAUUUAGAAGGUCAGACCUAUUCUCUCUCAAAUAACCUUGUAAUUCUAACAACACAGUCAGCUUGGUCUACUAUUUGGGUAGCUGGAAUCAAAGUGAACCUAGCACAAAAUAUCACCCUCCGUGGCAAUGUUGUGGCAGGAUCAGAAAGACUUGGCUUUCAUAUCCGGGGUCACAGGUGCUUCCCUUCUCAUGCUAUUUGGUCUGACAAUGUGGCUCACUCAAGUCUUCAUGGCCUUCAUCUUUACAAAGAAAGUGGACUUGACAACUGUACUAGAAUCUCGGGAUUUUUGGCAUUCAAAAACUUUGACUAUGGUGCCAUGCUCUACGUAGAAAAUAGCAUGGAGAUAGAGAAUAUUACUUUGGUAGACAAUGCUAUUGGCCUUUGGGCUGUAGUAUAUGUUUCACAGAGCUUCACAGAAAAUGUACAGAUUGUUCUCAGGAAUUCCAUCAUUGUGGCCACUAGCUCCUCUUUUGACUGCAUUCUGGACAGAAUUAAGCCUUACUCUGAAAAUUUGACAUCUACUUAUCGUGCUCCAUCUAAUCCAAGAGGGGGUCGAGUUGGUAUUCUCUGGCCUGAAUUUCUCUCUGUACCAAAUCAGUGGCCUCAGGAUCCUUGGCAUAAAGUGAGGAGUGCCCAUUCCAUUUCAGGCAUCAUGAAACUUCAAGAUGUCACCUUUUCUAAUUUUGUGAAAAGUUGCUCUAGUGAUGACUUGGACAUAUGCAUUCAGCCCAACGUAGAGAAUACUAGACUUGUGCACCCCAUAAUAGCAGAGAGGACCUCAAUGCUAAAUAUCCCAGAUAAAAACAAAUUCUACUUCCCGGCAUCACAAUCCAGGAAAAAUUUGGAAAUGCUAGUGUGUCGUGAAUCAGAUUGUGAAAAUCCAGGAAAAUAUCUCUUUAAAGAUCUGGAUGGAAAAACAUUGGGUCUACCUCCACCAGUUUCUGUAUUUCCUAAAACAGAGGUGGAAUGGACUGGAUCCUUCUUUAACACAGGUACAUUUAGAGAAGAACAGAAAUGCACAUAUCGAUAUGAGAUGAAUGGCUACGUUUGCAAGCAAACUGACCAAGUAAUCUUAAUUCUAGACAGUACUGAUGUUUCUUGGGAAGUACAGAAGUUCUAUCCAGUUGUGUCUGUCACUGAUGGUUUUGUUGAUACCUUUAGUAAUGCAAAUACCAAUACAUCCUGUUCUUCUGCAGGAUUUCUCUCUACUCUCUAUUCUAUUUUACCAACCAGAAAAAUCACCAAAGUCUGCUUUGUUGAUCGAACUCCUCAAAUUUUACGUUUUUUUCUCUUAGGAAACAAAAACAACACAAAACUUCUCUUGGCUAUAUUCUACCAUACACUCCAAAGUCCCCAAAUUUUCUUUCACGAAAACUUUAUUUCACCUUCUCCAGUACAACCGAUUUCCUCAUUGCUCAGUGGUCCUGUUGGUGCCAACUAUUUUGACCUCAUGGAAAACCUCUUGUAUGUUGUCUUACAAGGAGAGGAGCCCAUUGAAGUACGAUCUGGUGUUUCCAUUCAUUUGGCCCUCGCUGUAUUGACUUCUGCUCUAGAAAAAGAUCCAGAAAUUCCGAUUCUUAAAAGACUAACUGAUUUCUUACAAGUUAGUCAAUUCCAAGUUCGACUUAUUCAUGAAAUGCCUGGCAAUAAAGCAACAUUAAAGUCCAUUGCUGAUAGUAAAGCAAAGAGAAAACGCAAUUGCCCAACUGUGAUGUGUUCCAGUUAUUAUAGAAUCAGUCAGCGUAGACCUCUGAUGGAUAUGAAUCCAUAUAGGGCAUCACAACCAAACAUUAUGGAGAGUAGAUCAAAAGUAAUAAUUAUUGAAAUUAGUGACUUACCAACAGUAAGGAAGACCGGACCAAUUUCAUCUUUAUCAAUAGACAAACUACAGAUGUUUUCUCAACGGAUUAUCACUGCUCAACAGACUGGAAUGUUAGAGAAUUUUCUAAAUGUAACUAUUGAGGCCUUACUAAUCACCCAGUCAAAGGUUGUUAUGGACAAUGGAAAUUUAAGCAGCUUCCAUACUGAGAACCUGAUAUAUGUUCGGCCCUAUGCUCUUUCUGUAUUAAUCCAGCCCUCAGAUGGAGAAGUUGGAAAAGAACUCCCAGUACAACCACAGCUUAUUUUUCUGGACAAGCAGAAUCAUGUUGUGGAGUCUUUGGGACCCCCCUCAAAACCUUGGGUCAUUUCUGUUUCUCUGGAAGGGACAUCAGAUUCAGUGCUAAGAGGGUGUACUCAGGCAGAAACUCAAGAUGGUUAUGUGAGCUUCUCCGGUUUGGCAGUUUUGAUCUCUGGGUCAAAUUGGCACUUUAUUUUUACUGUCACUUCCCCUCCAGAGGCUAAUUUUACUGUUAAAUCCAAGCCUUUUGCUGUCUCCCCUGUCAUUAAAACGGAGAAGACAACAGUCAUCCUGGCUAUUACCUUGUGCUCAGUGUUUUCGUGGCUGGCACUCUGCUGUCUGGUGUGUUGUUGGUUAAAGAGAAACAAAAGCAGAAAGAUAAAAAACGAAGAGGUUUCUGAAACCCAGACAAACGAUCAAAAAAAUCACGCCUCAUCCAAGGGAUCCCAAGUAGAUACUGAAAAAGAGGACACCACAAUGACAGAAGAUAUGAGGAUGAUGGUCAUGUCAGGACAGCUGAAUCAGGUUAGUCAACAGUCACUGAAUGGCGUGUCCAGGAGAAAGGUUAGACGUCCUGCAGGUCGGAAGGAGGAUGGCAAACAAAUUGCGGCUUCUCUGUCUGCUCCUAGCAUUGCCAGCAUCCCAUCUCAUGCACACACCCGUGCUCCAUCCUACCCUGAGCAGCAAGUAAACCUGAAGGAGACAGGAACUUGGAGAAAGGCCCAAGAACAAUUGCUCAGAUACCAACUGGCAGGUCAAGAUCAAAAAUUGCUUCUUCACCCAGACCUCAGACCAGAUGUGCCGCAAUUUCAGGAGCAGGGACAGUUGGGAGAGAAAAGUGGCAACUUGGAAAUUUCUCAGAAGAAACCCGCUGUGAGUGCUACUAAGGCAUUUUGUCUUAAUUCAGCAGUUCAAGAAACUCUUCAGAACAACUGUGAUCAAGAAGCAAUUUAG